CAACAAACAGCAUAAACACAAAUUUACCUUUCGCAAAUUGGUCUUUUUUGAUGUUUACGUAUUCUGCUUUGUUGUGCUUUUUACUUAAUGUCAAUGAGAGUCCUCUAUUUAGCGAAAACAAAGAUUCAUGAAAGGAAAAUAUGUCUGCCAAACUAACUGGAGAAAAUGGGGCCGAUUUAAAGCUAACUGGAGACAAGAUCAACUUAGAAAAACGACCAAUCAAUAAGCUAAACACUGCAAGUGCCAAGACUAAUGAUUUUCUAAGCAAGUGCUUUUCAAGACCAGUUUCAGCCUUGCCAUCUUUAAAUUUUGGAGAUAUAAGGCAAGAAGAAAGCAUUAAGAGCAGUUGCAGACCAUUCUCGGCUGGCCACAUGCCUAAAAAUCGUCAAUACUUGUCCAAGAGUUACAUUGGAAGUAGUUUGGAAAGUAUCGAAGAUAAUGCUCUUCCGUCUUCAAACCUAUACAAAAGCCUCUUUACUGAACCAAUUAAAUCUUGGAGAUCUUAUAAACGAGUUGGCAAUAGCGAAAGUAGUUCUGACUUUCCAAAUCAGACAAAAGAAAAUACCUAUGAGGAGAGCAGUUCAUUGUCUUCCGAUGAUACUUUACAGGAUACCUCUAAAAAAUCAAUAAAUCCAGAAUCAACACGUCUUCGUCCAGGAUUAGCUUCCAAACCACCAUUACCUAUCAAAAAAACCGAAAGCACAAAUUCAAAAAUACCCAUAACAGAGUCAGAGGUGGAUAAUGCCAAAAGUUUGGAUGCUAUACAAGCCUAUUUUGGUAUUAAAUAUGAUACAUUGCUGGAAAAAGAAAAAUCCAAACCUACUGAGGAAAAAGAAGAUAUCAAUAAUUUUCCUAAAGAAAGUGAAGAUUUAAGUUUCAACAGAUAUUCCAAUCUAGAAGAAAAUGGUGAUAAUUAUUGGAUAAAUAAAGAUGUAUUGAAAAAAGAAUCAGAAACAGACAAAUAUCUUAUUCAAGUCAAGACUGAACAUAGUCCGCCUAGUACCAACUUUACUGACAAUACAAAAAUAGUGGAUAAAUGGACCAGAGAAGAACUUCCAAAUAUAUCAGACAUAGAUAUUGAUGAACUAUUCAAAGAUGAAACUGAUAAAAAAUUCGAGAAAUUUUUUGAAUUGGACUUACAGAAGAGAAACGAAAAAGAAAAAACUGGAGCGCCACUUUAUAAAGAUACGGAAAAAAAUAUCACAAAUACUGAGAUCGUAAAAAGUAAGCCAAAAACGGUUUCUACAAAGAAAAUCGCAAAUCCGAAACUCAAAAAACCAACAGAAACCAAAUCCAAAUUUGUUGCCACGCAAGUCAAAGGUGGUAAGGACUAUGCAUCGGAGACUUCCAGUAAAUCUCCAGAUAUUGUGUCUUGGAUAACAAAGAGUGCUGAAAAGACAGAUGUCAAGAAGCCAAAUUAUUUGGAUUUUCUCAAUAAUAUAAAUGAAAUGGAAGAAUUCAGUGGCCCUUCGGGAGCUAAAGAUAAGGACAGUGCUAUGGGAAGUGACGAAAAAGCCAGUACAGUGGGAAGUUUGGAUGAUAUCGUUUCGAUUUUGGAGGCUCUAGAAAAUGAGGAUAAAAAGUCACACUUGAAAAUUGCUUCUGUCAAAAAAAUUGUCGAUCACACGCUAAACAAUUAUGCCUCUGAAGAAACCGAUUAUCCACGCAUUGAGGAAACCAAUAGUAAAGAAAAUGUAACUACCAAUACAUUAAAUGACAAUAAUACGGCAGAACCCACCAAAUCCAAAGAUGCAAGCGAAAGAUGCGUUACUUUUUCUCCAGUAGUAUCUCAACGACAUUUUGAAUCUCACAGUAACACUGAAACUCCGGAUAGUUGUUUCAGCAACGAUGAUGCUAACGAUAAAUAUAAAGAAGAUUUAUUUAAUUUUGAUGCUAGAAACAAAUUUGGUGGAAAAAAUGACCGCAAUUAUAAUGAGCUUUUAUCGUUUUUGGAUGAAAUGGAUAGAAGCAGUUCAAAAACUCUAAGCCAAGCCAAUCAAAUGGCUGUUUUAGGUACAAAAAUGCUUGAGUCUUCAAUUAAUUUGGAUUCUGUUCCUCGAUUAGACGAUUUAGAACUGCUAAGCAAACAAGAACUCUCCCAUCAGCUAAUCGACAUAAAUUUACGUUUAAAAGAUAAAAACUCCUCAAUUUCCUUAUUACAAAAUGAAUUAUCUAAUCUGAGAGAACAAGUAAUGAAGCAAAAUAAACAAACAGAAGAGCUAGUGAAACAAAAAUUAAAACAACAAAAAGACGAAUAUGAAGGUGUUGUUAAAAGGCAUCAAAAAUUUAUUGAUCAGCUAAUUGCUGAUAAAAGAUCUUUAAAUCAGCAAUGUGAAGGCUUAAUUCAAGAGAUGAAGGUUUUGGAAGAUCGAUAUAGCACGAACACAAAAGCUCUCGAGCAUAAACAUCAUGUGGAAAUAAAAAAGCUUAAAGAAAUGCAUGCUGCUGGGGAAAAAUUGAGACGAGAAAAAUGGAUUGAAGGAAAAACGCAGAAGAUCAAGGAGCUGACUGUGAAAAGCAUCGAGCCAGAAAUACAAAACAUGGAGAAAAGACAGCAACAAGACCUCAGUGAUCUGAGAGCUUUACACAAAAGAGAAAUAGAGGAUUUGGAACUGAAGGCUGCCAGAAAAUUGCAGCAACAAUGUGAAACUUUAAGAGAACAAUUAGUGGAUGAGCGAGAAAAGGCAUUGGCUCAUGAAAGAGAUGUUAUAAGGCAAAGGUAUGAAAAAUUGGUGGAAUCAGAAGAAAAAAGUUAUCAAGAACAAAGGCGAAGACAGCACGCUGAUCACGCUAGCAGAAUUAAAGAAUGUGAGGAAAGAGAAGCUCAGGUUCAACUUGAAAAGGAAAAAGCUAUCAAGCAGGCCCAGGAAGAGUAUGAAGACAGGAUUCAGGUUUUAAUUCGACGACACUCAAAUGAACUGAAACUCCUAAAAGAAGCUUCAAAAAUGGAAUCUGAGAAUUGGCAAGCUAAUUUUAAGAAAGAACAGAACAACUUUCUUUUGGAAAAAGAGGCCGCUAUAAGGGAACAGUGUAGGAGGGAAAGAGACAAGGAAAUCGAGAAUGUGAUAGAAAGACUGGAAAAUGAAUCGAGUGAGAACAAGGUGCAGAUGGAACAAAGUACUGAGAACAGAAUCAGGCGUUUGAGGGAGAAAUACGAGAAAGAAAUUAAAGACUUAGAAAUGGCAGAAAAAGAAUCAAAAUCCAAAUUUAUCGAGUCCAAAACCAAAUUGUUGGAAAAUGAAGAAGUUGUAAUUGGACUGAGAGCUACUGUCAAACAACUGGAAACGCAACUGGCAGAUCAAAAAGAACUAGCUGGUAAUCUAACAAAAGAGCGAAAAGAUUUGAAGGGGCUAGUUAGAAAAGAAAUGGAUGAAGAAGUGCAAAGUUUACAAAGGGAAGUUGCCCAUUUGAAGAAUAAUAGAGACAAGGAAAUACAUCAAUUGUAUUCCAGGAUUAAAAUGUCCGUAGCUCGCAAAGACGAAAUUUUAAACGAGUUGCAGAUUGAGCACAAAGCCCUCCAGGAAAAAUGUAUUUAUUUGGAAAAUAUGCUUGAGCAGCAACGAAAAGAGUACUUGAUAAAAUAGGCUUUUGGAUAAAUGUGAAUUUUGUUUACAGAAGCGACGCAAUUUUUUUUAAAUCAAAUGCAAAGGAGUCCCUUUUGAAUUCAACAAUAUUUUCACUCUAUAUGUAGGUAUUUGAACUGGUAUUUCAGGGUGGUUUUUUCUAAAAGCUGAAAAGAUAUUUUAUAAUUUGAAUGCUUGAGACAUAAUAAUUCUUUACCUAUGUUAAGCGCACAAAAAUUCUUCUAUAAUUUGUACUUUUAUAAUUUAAUAUUAUUGUAUUUUAUAUAUUUAUGAACUUAUACCUUUUCAAUAAAGCUUAUUCCCAUAUUGC